CUAUUGGGGAAGGUGAUCUGGCUAUCCAGCCCACAUUCAGGACUGAGCCCCUGGGAGCUGGUGAGGGUGUGUCUGCAGGGAGGAUUUCUUUACCUCCUGGCCUGGAUGAUGCACACAAGCACGGCUACCAUGACAAGGGACCUCCAACAGGAAAGAUCCGAGACACAGCAUACAAGAAAUAUCUGAAACCAUCCAAAGCCAUGUGGCAAAUGCUGAAGGAAAUGCUGCAGAGAAAACAAGGAAUGAAAGGAGAGGCUGUGCAGAAACAAGACGCAUUUCCUGGAGGAAGCAGUGGUUCUGUUCCAGCCUCUGCUGCAGGAAGGGAGGUGAUGCCAGGCACAGUCACAGGAGGUGACGUUCCUAGGAAGAAUUCUCCAUUCGCUUGGCUGCAAAAAGUUUUAAAGCCCUUGGAGCAUCCUGCAGGUGUGUCUGCAGGGAGAACUUUUCCAGCACCUUUGCUGAUUGCUACAAGCAAGCCCAGCUCCCAUCGCAGGGGACCUCCCACAGAAAAGAUCAGAGACACAGCAGACAACAUAUCCCUAAAACCAUCCAAAGCCAUGUGGCAAAUGCUGAAGAAAAUGCUGCAGAGAAAACAAGGAAUGAAAGGAGAGGCUGUGCAGAAACAAGACGCAUUUCCCCGAGGAAGCACUGGCUCUGUUCCAGCCUCUGCUGCAGGAAGGGAGGCCAUGCCAGGCACAGUCACAGGAGGUGACGUUCCUAGGAAGAAUUCUCCAUUAUCUUGGCUGCAAAAAGUUUUGAAGCCCUUGGAGCAUCCUGCAGGUGUGUCUGCAGGGAGAACUUUUCCAGCACCUUUGCUGAUUGCUACAAGCAAGCCCAGCUCCCAUCGCAGGGGUCCUCUAAGAGGGGAGAACAAACCUAGCGGAAAAAAGGAAUCGCUUGGGUCAAAUGACAUCCUGGAAGACACUGUGAAGGAACUGCAGAAAGGGCUUGAGAUGGACAUGGAGGUUCUGUGGAAGGCAGCAUUUCCCCAUGGGAGCAGUCGCUCAUUGGCAGCCCCUGCUUCAAGAGGAAAGGCGAUGCCAGGCACGGGCACAGGCACAGGCACAGGAGAUGGGAUUGCUGGGAAGGUUUCUCCUUUAGCCUGGUGGUAUGAAGUUUUGAAGCCCUUGGAGCCUCCAGCAGGUGUGCCUGCAGGGAGAAUUUCUCCAACUCCUGUCCUGGAUGCUGCACACAAACCCAGUUCCCAUCCUAGGGGUCCUCCCACAGAAAAGACCAAACACAUGGCAGACAAGAAAUUCUUGAAGCCAUUUGAAAUCAUGAGGCAAAUGCUGAAGGAAAUGCUGCAGGAAAGACAAGAAGUGGAUGGAGAGGAUGUGCUGAAGGCUGCAUUUCCUGGAGGAAGCAGUGGCUCCAUUGCAGGAAGGGAGGCCAUGCCAGGCACAGUCACAGGAGAUUGGGAUCGCGACUUGGAUUAUCUGGAAGCCCUGGUGGAAUACGGCAUGAAAUUCUUGGGGGAUGCUGAAGAUGAACCUAUUGGGGAAGGUGAUCUGGCUAUCCAGCCCACAUUCAGGGAAGAGCCCCUGGGAGCUGGUGAGGGUGUGUCUGCAGGAAGGAUUUCUUUACCUCCUGGCAUGGAUGAUGCACACAAGCACAGCUACCAUGACAAGGGAAAGACCCAAGAAAAUGGAGCCAAAAUAUCUCUUGAUUCAGAAGAAUUCCUGAGGCAAACACAGAAGAAAGUGCAGGGAGAACAAGUGGUGAACCAAAAGUCUGUGCAGAAGGAAGCACUUCCCGAUGGAAGCAGUGGCUCGGUGCCAGCCUCUCCUGCAGGAGGGAAAGCAAUGCCAGGCACGGGCACAGGAACAGGCACAGGAGAUGCAGCCAGCGCCUCAACACAUGUUCCCAAUUCCCAGAAGGGCAUUGGAAGCGGUGUCUGUCAGGGAACACGCUGUUUGCUUGAGUUAAUGGCCAUUGUGGCUGGUGGGGAGCUUGUCUUCAUGUUGUGCUGUGUUGGAGUCUGGUAUUGCUGGAAGAGAAAAUGUCACACCUCUGGACAGCAGAUGAAAGACGGUGGCAACACCUCACACUGACAGCUUGAGCAGCUUGUCCAGGAAUAAUAAAGACCAGGGCAGCCCUUGCAAGAGCUCUGAGAAGAGGAAUCCAAAACAACCAUCUCCGAGGACCCCUCCUAUUACCCUGUAGAUCCCAUUGCCAUCUCUUCUCCCCAUGGAUGUCCCCACAUGGCAUUCACUCCAUUUUUUUACUCCCUUUGCCCCAUCCCAGCACAUUCCCAUGUUCUUCUAGAGACCCCAGCACCAGCCCAGCAACCUCCAGCCCCAGCUGAGAACAACACAGCACUUCCUCCGCCCCUUCGUCCCCUGGCCCUGCCCUCUAAACAACAAUGAAUGUGAUCCUCCCCCCCACCCCCACCUUGGUAGGAGGUGGCCAAUUGUUCUGUUCCAAUAAAGAGAGAGAGCUGUC